CCUCUAGCGAUGGCGGUGGGGAGUUUUGCGGAGAACCAUAACAAACAUGGCGGCUUGGAUUUGAUAGAAAUCGAUUUAGCAAUGGAGGUGAAAGAAAUCACUCGUAUGGCGAUACAAAUAGAGAAACUACACAAGGACAGAAAAUAUGAAGACAUUUCCUGCCUACUAACAGACAUUUUCAACACCAAUGUGACGUUAGAACAGCUACAGAGCACUGACAUUGCCAUGAACAUUUAUCAGCUUUUAAAGUCAUGUCCUGUCGAAAGCAUUCGGAAAAGAGGAAAGUGCGUUCUGUCAAAAUGGAAGCGUUUGUACGGAUCACUGCACGACCACAAAAAUAUCAAGGAAACGAAUCAGGCGAAAGACUGUGAAGCAAUCAAACAAGAUAAAUCAGAAACAUCCAAACAGGUCCUAGAUAAAAAAGUAAAUGACGACGACAACAAUGACAAUGCAGUUAUUUGCUUCAAAGAUGUGGAAUUAGGAGUGUCGAAUGCCGCAUCUUCAUCAAAAGCCAAGACCGAACAAAAAGAAGAAACUUUAAGACAUCCUCCAGAACCUCAAGACUUAAGAACCAUCUCAAUGGUUCCACCUCUGAUGAGCAGCUCCACAAACUCUCCGGUCUUGAGAAACAAGUGUGUAGAACUCCUUAUCCAGGCUCUAAACACGGAUCAAACAGAUCCUGAGCUGAUAAACCAGCUAGCUCAUAUCAUUGAAACAGACAUAGACUCACUUCAUGGCUGCAAUCCACACAAAUACAAGUCCUGCAUAAGAAGCAAGGUGGCCAAUUUAAAGAACCCGAAGAAUCCUCACCUGCGUGAGGGUCUUCUGACUGGCACGUUGGCGCCAGGGGUGUUUGUCAGGAUGUCUGCCCAGGAGAUGGCUGGUGAUGAGUUGCGCCAGCUCAGGCAGGGCUACACAGCAGCAGGCAUCAGCGAGCACCAGCUGCCACAGGGACCAGAAGGGACAGCCACGACCAAGGUGCGAUGCCAGCGCUGUGAAGGGAUGGACUGCAGGUUGACGCAGGUCUCCCGUGGAACACUUUUUUUGCCCUCCUGGGUAAAGAGAGGGAGCGUUGAUGAAGAAGCCAUGACCUUCAUGUCUUGCGCCAACUGUGGGGCGCAGUGGUACCAUAAUCGCUGGGUGUGCCUUUGAUAUGACUAUUGGGGAGGGGGUGGGGGGUUGGACGACCCUGGGACCCUGAGUUAAUUACAGUCUAUGCAGAGUCUUGCAUGUUUCCAUUGUGUGUCAUGGUUUUAGCCAACUUAGUAAGAGGAUUGGCUCUUCCAAAGUGGUGCUGCGUGUGCAUGGCUUCCUUGUUUGGACUGGCACCUAAUCCCAGCAAAGACUCUAUAUCUACUGCCACAGCGACUAGGUUAUAACCCUGACAAGGUCAUAUUAAUUUUGCAUAUUUUAUGCUAUUAUGAAUUCCUACUUGUAUAUUUAGUAGGCUAUUGUUUAGCUAUUGUGGCUCAAUGGUUAAGACUCUGGGUUACUGAUCAAAAGGUUGGGUUUUAAGUCCCAGCACCACCAAACUGGCAUAGUUCGGGCCUUGAGCAAAGCUCUUAACCCUAUCUGCUCCAGGGGCAUUGUAUCAUAGCAGACCCUGCGUUCCGACCCAUGCAUAUCUCUACCAAGCUGGGAUAUGGUGGGUGGGGGAAAGAAUUUCAUUAUGCUGUAAUGAAUAUGUAACAAAGAAAAUUUUUUUCUUAUAAAGCUA